AUGGAAAAGGACGAAGCUUCGCGGCGGCCCGUUUGGGUCCGCGGAGGGAAGAUUGAACAUGUCGUCUGGGUAGGGAAGGACGUAUUGGCCUGGUGUUCAGGUAUGCACAUAAUUUUCUACGACAUAGUCCAAAAACAUGAGAGUUUCAGAUGGUGCUCGAAAAUAGAGAACGGCGAUGGAGUUUCGUGUCUAUCAGGACACCCGACAGCUCACGUGCUCGCUUUUGCUGAAAAGUGCCUUAAAAAUCCAAAAAUAUUCGUACUUUCGUACCCUUCGAUGAAUAUCGUUUCAGAAUGUGUACAAGUAAGCUCAAAAGGUUAUGUAGCCACUGCCUUUACAUCCGGCGAGCAUUUGGUAUCUUUGGGAUCUUGUCCAAAUUUUACGUUGAGUAUAUGGUUAUGGAGAAGUGGUGAAACACUCGUGUCAGUCGAGACCCAGAUCCACGAUCUCGAAGAACAAAUCAUCAGCGUGUCCGUCAGCAAACCUUUUUUCGUUGGUCAGCUGGGUCGUCGUUCGGAACAAGUUCAUAUCUGGGAAUCAAGUCCAGCUGGAAAAGCCAUAAUUUUGACGAAUCAUGAAGUUAUUUUACCAGCUGGAACGAAACCACAUCACAUGGACUGGUCUGGAGAAUCUCGCGAGCCACAGCUCGCCAUUGUCGACUCUUCGGCCAACGUUUACAUCGCUAAUCGCGACGGGAGUCAAGUUCUUCGCGCAAUAUUAUCUCAACGAUGUGGUAUUUGUACGGAUUUUGAAGCACCUUCAGUCCGCUGGUUCCGCGAUGGAAUAAUUCUUCGUACCACCUUUUGUCAAAUCCGUUUUUACAGAAAAAACGAUCAGAAUAGCUGGCAUAAAGAUUGGUACGUCAAAUCACUCCUGAAGCCAUCGGUCUUGAGCGUGCAUCCUCUGAAAAAUGCCAAACUUUUUUAUCACACCCACGAGGGAUUUCUAAUGGAACUUGCGGUCAUCGAGGGCCAACCGGAUCCUGUUAUAGAGAGGAGAUUACACUGCGGUGGUACUUACAGCUUCCUCGAUAUGAUUCAUCCAUGGGGACAUCAUUUAUUGGCUAUAGAUGACGGUGCUAAAUUGUCUGUUCUCAAUUGUUACGACGGACGUGAAGUGGCCAAGUUGGAUCCUGAUUUGAACGGUGAGAUAAUGCAGCUAUUGUCGCACCCUGAUUAUCCUGUAGCUGCUGUAACCAGCAAACAGGGUGACCUUGCUCUGGUGAGCUUGCAAUUGCCUGAAAGUCCGAUGAUCGUCGCAAAAUAUCAUCUGCAAAGUGAGAGACUCGACCUACUCAAAUUUUCUCAAUGUGGUAACUACCUCAUAGCUGGUCAAAGAACCAGUGGAAUUUGUUAUUGUCUCAGUUUGAAGAAGCACCAGCCUUUCAGUGUCAUUGCCAGGUUGGAAACUAAAUCUCGCAUGACGGAUGUUCUCCUUUACGAUGUUCGAGGGUCCCUCAAGCUUUUUGUUCUCGCCGUUUCUUCGAGGAAGGUCACUGUCGGCCGUUUUCUAAUCCUCUACGAACUGUCCUCUGGGAGACGAGAUUCUGUGGAAGCCUUGACUUACUUGGAGCUUCCCUACGCCUAUCAGUUCCUACAUUACGCCCCAGAGGGAGUCUCGUUUCUGAUUGGAACGCCGUACCUAUCGCGACAGCUCCAUGUUUUGGAGAUCAGAGACUGGCAGGAUGUAAAUCUCGUGGACGCGAUGUUCUCCGGUCACGAGAUAAGACGCGCAAGAUUGGCGACCAAUCGUUCGUGGAUCAUCACUGUGGCUUUUGAUGGCCGUGUGACCUUGAGAAAUGGAAAGUCUCGAAAACUCAUUGAAGCAUUCCAAAAUCAUCAUAGAAGAGAUCUAGGAGGAGCAAAAGCAAUUGCAAGUGUUUCUGGGGAUUUAAUCGUUUCUCUGGGUCGCGAUGGUUCCCUCGUUGGGACGAGACUCUUGACAAAAGACGACUCGGAUGACCAGGAGCAUGCCAACGAUUAUUAUCGAAUUGCUUUUGAAGAAUACGAGGAGAAGAAACCAAGUUUAUUGGCUGACUACUCGAAUUUGGAGCCUGGCAUUUUGAAACUUCUUUCAAAACGUUUGGGAGAAUUCCCACCAGCAGAAAACGGGGUAAAGAAGACUUGGGUGGAAUGGAGUGAAGAGCAGAUGAUUCUGGAAGAGGAGAAACUGUGCGCGGAAGAGAAAAUCGCUCUUCGGGCUGAUUUUGUGAAGCUCCAGACCAAACUUGUAGAAUUGUUGGAUCAUAACGAAAGUUGCCCGGAUAUUGAAAGACUGCCAAUCGCUGCGUUCGACCUGGACAAAGCCAACCAUGAUUCGAGAGUGAAAUUAGCUCGCGACGAGCGGGAUGACGCCCGGCUGGAACUGGAGGCAAGCUGCGUUGCCAUGGACAGGGUCACCAACUGGAUCAAAUCUAAUCUUUGGGAUUCACAGAAAGUUAUGGCCCGUUCAAUAUUCCCGUUUUCUGAUGAAAUCGAGGUGACUAAUUAUGCCAGUAGCGAUGAAAAUCCUCAGAGCAAAGACAUGCUUGACCAGGCUCGCUUCUUCAAGGACUCUAUACAAAAUGUCAUGGAUAAAGAAAUUUUCGCUCCAUGGAAAUUGUACACCCGGUCGCAGCUGGACCUCGUUCUACAACGUAAGUCCGGCUUACCUCGUCUCGACGAGAAACAACGAAUGACCGCUCUGCUUGCUGUGGAAGAUGAGGAAGAUCAAGAAGCGGUGCGCGACGAGAUUGAAAACCGAUUAGCCAGCGAGGGAAUAACGACUCAUCGUUAUUUGGGGCGAACCGAAAAUCAUUAUUCGCAAUUCGAGUGCUCCGGCUACAUUCAGUUGCUUCUGAACAGUCGGAUUUUCAUCAAUGAUUGCAAGAUGCUGCGUCAGUACUUUAACGAAAAAUUUGACGAGACUUUUUUUGCAAAAGAACGCGAAAUGAGUGUGAUCCGCGAGAGACAUCAGCGGAUUCGAUACAUCGACUCCGAGCUGAGAAAAAUGUUUGGACAAUCGGUAUCAAACGUGCCGCUCGAUCCUGACUGGAACGAGAAGGAACAUCCUGAGAGCAUCGCAAGGGUCUCGGACCACGAAGUUAAAGUGAAACCAUAUGUUUCGGCGUCUCAGCAAGAAGUUAUUGAUAAGGAAGCCAUGGAAGCCGAACGAUUAAGGCAGCUAUUAUUGGCCGACGAUUUCAAGGAAAAAGCUUUGAUCAAAAUGAUGGAUGGGGUUUUGGAAGUUCGCUGGGAGGAUAUCAUAAAACGGGAUAUUCCGAAACCAGAUUGUAUGGCAAUGAAAAAACCCGAGGAAUAUAACGCUGAGGAUUUAUUAGCUGUUCGGCAGUACGAUAAAGACGUCGAGUUACUGGAGAACGAACGAACGCGUUACCAUCGGAUGCUUGAGACAGAACUUACAAAAAUAAGCUCCACACUUCAAGAGAUCACGGACAAAUUCAACUCUAAGAUUCACGAUUUAUUUUUGUUGAAAAUGCGCGUUGAGUCGGCUAUACAACAGCUCAAUCUUCGCAACUUGCGCGAUACUCUCAGGCACCUUCGUCGGAUGCAGGCGUUGGCGAAGGACGAUGAAACGAGAGUAGAGAUUGUGGAGAAAUCGAAAAUUCUCACUCGUCUCAAGGAGGAGUGUCAACUUCUGCAGGGUCUUGUACACGAGUACCGAAAUCAAUACGAAGCAUUGGUCACACGUGAGAAGGCAAUCGAAAAAAAGUUUCGUAGCGAGUUUCCUUCGUUGGGAAGAAGCAACGCCGAGCUCCUCGAGAAAGAGUGUAAGCGUCGUCCACGAGUGUCUUUGAAGAAUGCGACACCCAGCGAUCUCAUCGAGUUGGGCAGAAUCGCUGCAUCUCGUGGCACAGCCACGUAUCUUUCGUACGAGUGUGCCGAGUACUUGAAAAAUUUGGACACCAUGGACAUCAGGCCGCCUGGCAUGUCAGCGAACAUAGAAACUCAUCACUGGGAUCAUUUGAUUCGCUUGAGAAGAAACAGGAUAGAGCUCGAGAUGAAAACGCGCGCGCAAAUGGCCAUAGUUAAUGAGACCGAGAAAACGAUCAUGAGCCACGAGAAAAAAAUAGUCGAUGUCAACACUGAAAUAGAUUCGCUGAAGAAUGCGUUGCUGAGAGUGAGACGAGAGAAGAUUGAAUAUGAUUUCGAUAUGGAAAUUCAGUUGGUACUAAAAAUGGGCCAGGUCGAGGUGAGACCCAGUGGCGGACGUGGUGACAUGGCAAAUGUCGUGUUUAUACCCCGGAAUGAAAUUGAGUCGGUUAAUCAAGCGAUCGUUGAUGCCGGUCGUAAGAAAUUGAAGGCGAUGAAUCGUACGAUCAAUUUUCGACGUGGCAUCAUUUUCACGGAAUGGGAACACAAGUGUUUAAGAAUGAAGAUCGAAGAUCUUGAGGACGAGCUCCGUAUGGUUCAGAACGUUCUGGUUACGAGGGACAUGAGAUCGUUCCUCAGUACAUGGGACGGCAAAUCCACGGACGACAAAUCGCGUCAAAGACUCGAAAAAGAAAUCGAAGAAAUGAAGAAAAAUUGCAUAAAACGACUCAAUGAUUGGAUCGAACGGUUGCCACCUGUUGAAGCCAAAAUCGAAAAAGUUAAAUACGAAAACGAGUCGAUGGAUCGAAAAAUCGAAAAAAUGAAUGUUGACCGGUGGGAACUCGAAUGGCAGCGAGAUAUUGACGGUGAAAUCAGGCAGACGCAAUAUCACGAACGUGUUAUGGUCGUGUUGACAAAAAGAGCCAAAAUCAUCAGAGCGUUGCACAAAGAAUACACCGAAGUUUUAGCACUUCAAACCGAACAUGAGUUACUUCGACUACGCAAAUUCCCCACGUUGAAUUUUUUCAAGACUUUGGACGAUGACGGAGGCGUUUGUUAA